AAAGACGGUCGCAGAUAAGGACUUUACGAAGUGCGAUGCCGAAAUUGAACGCAGAAAUUACGCUACUAGUGUUUUUUUAGUCCCUGUGCAUUGUUUUGUUUUACUGCAGUAAACAAAUCGUGUGUUCGUGUGACUAAUAUAACCAAUAUUCCCGCAUCACUAUGAAUCACUAAGCACCUCCUCGUGAAGAGAUAGUGGUGAGCAGUUCCUAGUGUUGCCGAGCAAAACUCGCACGUGCGGCAAAGUUGUGCAAGUUCCAGUGUAAGCCUGCGUAAGCUUCAAACCUAAACAAAUGAGAAUGACAUCGUCGACGAAAAUAAUGCUGAUAGCCUGCGGGUCGUUUAGUCCGCCUACUCCGAUGCACUUCCGAAUGUUUGAAAUUGCCCGGGACCACAUUCAGCAGAUGGGCCUGGGACAGGUGGUCGGCGGGAUAGUGUCGCCGGUGCAUGACUCGUACGCCAAGAAAGGACUCGUGCCGGCCACACACCGGUGUGCCAUGGUAAAGAUCGGAUUGAAGUCAUCGGAAUGGAUCAAUUUGUCCGACUGGGAAACGCAACAGGAAGAGUGGACCCGUACGCGGCAGGUUCUGCAAUAUCACCAGAAUUUCAUAAAUUCCUACUUGAAAGACGCCAAUGGGACCAUCAACAAUCAGCACAUACCCGCGUGGAUACCGGAGGGCAUCAAGAAAACGGCUGGCCAAGUGCACCUGAAGCUUCUGUGCGGUGCAGAUCUGUUGGAAUCGUUUGCCACGCCGGGACUUUGGAAAGACGAGGAUCUAGAAGCCAUUCUUGGCUAUCACGGCAUUGUGGUGAUUUCUCGAGCAGGUUCCAAUCCGGAGCAGUUUAUUUUCAACUCGGAUCUGCUAAGUCGCUAUCGUCGUAACAUUACGAUCGUUACGAACUGGGUGACCAACGAUGUCAGUUCCACGCUCGUCCGCCGACUGUUGAGUCGCGGACUGUCGGUAAAGUACCUGCUGGAUGAGCACGUUACGGAGUACAUAAAAAAAUUCGGCCUGUUCGGUUGCAACAAUGACACUAAGUAUAUUCUAACACCGGGUAGCACAGCGGAAGCAAUGAGCAUUUCGCCAAUAUCGCCAAUCAACGAUCCGGAUCUGUACAUUGAGCACCAGAAUCGGAGAAAUCAACUUGGUUCGUCGUGCGAAGCGAUGGAUGAGACGGAUUUUCCCUCGCCACCGCUUCCGGCUACCGGAGUUAACAUUAACAAAGUUUUCUGCUGCGCCAAUGACACUAAAGCCGCGCCUCCGAACACUAUCAGUUCCAAGGGACUGUUUCGCACUGGUCGGCCAGGAAGUGCGGUGCAAAUAGUAACUACUUCCGCGCCUACCCCAGCCCCACCUUCGGUAACAUCACCGGAUGGGACCACAAAACCCGCACAACACAUUACCUUGGACGAUGGGCAAGACCGCAGGAUGAGCGCCAAGAAGACCGUGAAAAAGAUGAAGAAGUCUGCGUGUCCCGUGUAGAGGAGCGGGCCUGGGCCUGGUCGUCAAUUGCGCGCGCCAUUGAUGGUGUACCUUUUCAGUCCGCUGGCUGAAGCACAAAUCCCAAUAAUGCGGGAACGAGUUGUACCGGGGGAUAUUUUAAACUGUUCCUUCAUGUUUGUUUGACUAGCUUGUUAUUAUUUAUUUAUCCUUAAAUCUCGAAUGGUGCGUGACUUUGGCUGUAAAAUCUUAACCGAAGAUCGUUCUUCGUUGCAAUAAAACUUAGUCUUGCGGUGAAGGUAGCUUCAUUA